AUGAAAAUAUGGUGGAAACAAGAAGAUGGUAGUUUUGAGAAAGAUCUGAAACCAUUUAGAAAUGAUGAGGAUGCAUCAAUGUUGUCUUUGUUUACUGAGAAGAAUGAGUGGGAAGUUGAAAUCUAUAUUGAAGCCAAACCAUCUACUGGUGACUUAACAUAUAUGGAUAGGUUAAGAGAGAAAAACAAGGGGCAAAAAAGUCUUGAGGAUGAUGAGAAUGAUGGUCAGUGUAGUGAAUCAAGUGAUGAAACUAUCAAUGACAUACAAUUUGAAGACAAUGAAGAAGAGAGAAUGCAUGAUUUUGAUGAAGACUUUGGUGAAGAAGUUGAUGAAGGGUUAGAUGAAGGUGAUAAUGGGAGGGAUGAUGUUGAUGGUGCUACACACAGACAGCAAACCUUCAGUAGUUUUGCAACAUCAGGAAUGGAAAAGGAGCAUGUCAUAGAAGAAAACUACAUGAUAAAUGAACUUGACAAUGGAGCUGAUGAAGAUAAUUGUGAUGACAAGCCUAUAUUGAUUAGGUUUAAUGAGGAAGAACCAAUGAUAAAGGAAUUCAAUUCAAGGCUGAACAAUAAUAAAAUGAAGUUAAAUGAAGUAGUGUCUGAUGUAAGGUUGAGGUUUGCAACUAAGAUAACAUGUUGUAAGGCUUUCAAAGCUAGGAAGAUUUCUAUACAAAUUGUAGAAGGUGAUUCAAAUUUAGAUGGAUGCCUUUUUGGAGAUAAUAUUACACUAGAUAUCCAACCAUUGAGAAUUGACACAAGUCCAAUAAAACAAUUAACUACUUCCAAGCCAACAUCAAGUGGUGUCAAGAAUUUCAUUGGUAAGUCUCUAGCCAAACUAUCUAAGUCUACUAAGUCUCCAGCUAGACAACCAAUUCGUGCUAAGGAAACUACCAACAAUCUAAGUCACGAUGAUCCUAGAAAAAUGGUCAACCAAGCUCCAAGUGUGAAAAUAAAGAGUGAUAGACUUAUGACACUAAAGACAAGAAACAUUGUGGGUCCUAGAAAUAAUCAUGGAUAUCCAUUUGUGAUACUUGACAAAGAUGCAGAACCACCAUUUCAUGUCACUACUAAGAGAAUGGAACCUUGGAAGGACAUUCAGAAGGGUCUUACUCAAUGA